GGGAGAGGCCGGCAGCAGAGGUGAAGGAGGAGCCGAGCGCGCGGCUGGGGACCCGCCCGCGCCCGCCCUCAGCCCCCUCGCCCCGCCCCUCUGCGGAGCGCGCAGCAGCCCGUGCGCCGGCGCAGGCCCCGCCUCCUCGCUGGGCCCCGCCUCGCUGCCACCACAGGAUCCUGGCUCCGCGCGCCCCGCCCUCGUCCUCUUGUGUAGCCUGAGGCGGCGGUAGCAUGGAGGGGGAGAGUACGUCGGCGGUGCUCUCGGGCUUUGUGCUCGGCGCACUCGCUUUCCAGCACCUCAACACGGACUCGGACACGGAAGGUUUUCUUCUUGGGGAAGUAAAAGGUGAAGCCAAGAACAGCAUUACUGAUUCCCAAAUGGAUGAUGUUGAAGUUGUUUAUACAAUUGACAUUCAGAAAUAUAUUCCAUGCUAUCAGCUUUUUAGCUUUUAUAAUUCUUCAGGUGAAGUAAAUGAGCAAGCACUGAAGAAAAUAUUAUCAAAUGUCAAAAAGAAUGUGGUAGGUUGGUACAAAUUCCGUCGUCAUUCAGAUCAGAUCAUGACGUUUAGAGAGAGGCUGCUUCACAAAAACUUGCAGGAGCAUUUUUCAAACCAAGACCUUGUUUUUCUGCUAUUAACACCAAGUAUAAUAACAGAAAGCUGCUCUACUCAUCGACUGGAACAUUCCUUAUAUAAACCUCAAAAAGGACUUUUUCACAGGGUACCUUUAGUGGUUGCCAAUCUGGGCAUGUCUGAACAACUGGGUUAUAAAACUGCAUCAGGUUCCUGUAUGUCCACUGGUUUUAGCCGAGCAGUACAAACACACAGCUCUAAAUUUUUUGAAGAAGAUGGAUCCUUAAAGGAGGUACAUAAGAUAAAUGAAAUGUAUGCUUCAUUACAAGAGGAAUUAAAGAGUAUAUGCAAAAAAGUGGAAGACAGUGAACAAGCAGUAGAUAAACUAGUAAAGGAUGUAAACAGAUUAAAACGAGAAAUUGAGAAAAGGAGAGGAGCACAGAUUCAGGCAGCAAGAGAGAAGAACAUCCAAAAAGACCCUCAGGAGAACAUUUUUCUUUGUCAGGCAUUACGGACCUUUUUUCCAAAUUCUGAAUUUCUUCAUUCAUGUGUUAUGUCUUUAAAAAAUAGACAUGUUUCUAAAAGUAGCUGUAACUACAACCACCAUCUCGAUGUAGUAGACAAUCUGACCUUAAUGGUAGAACACACUGACAUUCCUGAAGCUAGUCCAGCUAGUACACCACAAAUCAUUAAGCAUAAAGCCUUAGACUUAGAUGACAGAUGGCAAUUCAAGAGAUCUCGGUUGUUAGAUACACAAGACAAACGAUCUAAAGCAGAUACUGAUAGUAGUAACCAAGAUAAAGCGUCCAAAAUGAGCAGCCCAGAAACAGAUGAAGAAAUUGAAAAGAUGAAAGGUUUUGGUGAAUAUUCACGGUCUCCUACAUUUUGAUCCUUUUAACCUUACAAGGAGAUUUUUUUAUUUGGCUGAUGGGUAAAGCCAAACAUUUCUAUUGUUUUUACUAUGUUGAGCUACUUGCAGUAAGUUCGUUUGUUUUUACUAUGUUCACCUGUUUGCAGUAAUACACAGAUAACUCUUAGUGCAUUUACUUCACAAAGUACUUUUUCAAACAUCAGAUGCUUUUAUUUCCAAACCUUUUUUUCACCUUUCACUAAGUUGUUGAGGGGAAGGCUUACAGACACAUUCUUUAGAAUUGGAAAAGUGAGACCAGGCACAGUGGCUCACACCUGUAAUCCCAGCACUUAGGGAAGACAAGUCAGGAGGAUUGAUUGAAGCCAGGAGUUAGAGACCAGCCUGGGCAACGUAUUUAGACCAUGUCUAUUAAAAAAUAAAAUGGAAAAGCAAGAAUAGCCUUAUUUUCAAAAUAUGGAAAGAAAUUUAUAUGAAAAUUUAUCUGAGUCAUUAAAAUUCUCCUUAAGUGAUACUUUUUUAGAAGUACGUUAUGGCUAGAGUUGCCAGAUAAAAUGCUGCAUACCAUGCAAUAAAUUUGCAAAACAUCAUCUAAAAUUUAAAUUUGUCCUACAUUUGUGCUUGCUAAAUCUGGCAGCCUUAGUUAUUACACAACUAUAACACAACACAAACAGUAAUCUCUCCCCUAGUUUAGAGUCCAAAUUUAGCAAAUCUAUCAUUUUGAAUACAGUACAAGCCUGGUAAUCCAGUGUAUUUGGGAUAGGCCAGUGGAACUCAGAACUGAUACAUAUAUACAUGUAUGUCUAUCAUAUUCAAUGUCUAUUAGGUAUAAAUCAUCUCUUUAUGUAAAAGACACUACUGGUUUGAGGAUAGACUCGUCUAGGAAUAUUUUGUCCUGUGACAGCACCACUAUCCAUCCCAAUGUAACAUUUCUACAAAGGGAAGAUAUCUUAACCAGGCAUACUUAUAUUUGCUAGUUGGAAAAUCAUUCUGAACAGUUUUAAUUCCAUUCCAUUGAAUGGAUUAUUGUAUGAGCUAUUUGGGGAUCAGAUAUAAAUGACAAUCACACAGAACCACUUUUAUUCAACAUAGAUAAAAUGCGAUGAGUGUUAACAUUUUAAAUAAGCAAUCUGCUUAAUGGACAUUGGUAUGAAGGGGAAGUGUCAUUCUUUACCUCACUCCGGAAACACUUUUCUAUCCAAAGGUUGGUUUGAGUCAGUAUUGGCAUCAUACAACCACUUACUGUAAAAUAAGUUUAUUAGUGGUAACGUGAUAUAAUUUAUUCCCGAUAUCUGAUGUUACAAACUUUAGGGUCCUUGAGAUAUGCAGGAUCCUUGUAUGUAACUGGCAUAAACCCUGUAAAGAGAUAAUUAAAGUUCUUGACAAAACAUAAUGAGCAAAAUUUCAGCUAGCUCAAUUCAGUUGUUGAGGUAUUCUUUCUUACCCAUUAUUUGAGCUCUCUUAAUUGCUUUUGUGAUUUCUUUCUGUUUCUUCCCACAAAGACCUGUAAAAUAAAAAGCUUUCUUAUUCAUAAAAAA